GUCCGGCCAUUGGGUGCAAGGCUGGCCCCUCCCUUCCUCCCUCCCCCUACGUGAACUGUGGGGCAUCAGCUGCCGCUCUCCCCACACCUGGUUCCAGAACCCCCGCCCUCGGUUCUAGAACCUCCCCCUUCCCCCGCCCGUGGUUCUGGAGCCCCCCUCCCCCUGCCCUUAGUUCCACAACCUACUUCGUUCCCUCUGUGCAUAGUCGUUCAGGGCCCAGCUCCUGCCCUACUGGGAGAGGAAGGUGGUGGUGCUGAAGGCAUGGCACCCCUGUUCCCCUUCCUGCACCCCUGUUCCCCUUCCUUUUAAGCAUGUGGCUGAAAAGGGUGCCAGAGCCAGGGCCGAGCAUGAAGUGGGGCACUGCAUGUAGCCUGCAGCCUGGACCCACUCCCAGUGCUGUGCACAGGAAUUGUGGUGACACAUGCGGCUCAUGCAUGAGUCUGACUCCAUGUGCUGCAUGCAGCAUGUGGGGUCAGUGUGAGACCCAUUGGCCAGAUCUUAGGGCUCCACAGGCUGGAUCUAGCCUGCAGGCUGCAUGUUGGACACCCCUGACUUAAAACAAGCCUUUUCAUAUGAAGUAGGAGCCCUGGAUUUGGUGCUGAUGUUUGUAAAUUUACAGCAUGUGAGGACUUAAAAUGUUUCCGAUGAGAGAUCGUCCUGUAACAGACUAACUGUCUAUAUCAAGGCUGGCCAACCUGUGGUACCGGUGACACAAGUGGCACAGGCAGCCUUGAUGUGGUGUGCGGUAGAUCAGAGAGGGGACAGGCUGCGCAGCAGAAAGCAAAGCAGCAAAUCAGGCAGAAUGCGCAGGGCUGGGAGCAGAAAGCAGAGCGGCAGAUUGAGCAGGGAAAGGGGAUGGCACUGAGGGAAAAUCCAGGGCUAAUUUGUGGCAUGCCUUCCAAAAAUGGCUGGUUUCCCCACUGAUUCAUAUCACCUUGUGCACUCCGGGAUCUACUAGUGUACAGGUCAGUCGCAUCUUACACGGGGGUUAGGUGCUGAAGUCAGCGCGUAAAGCGAAAAUCGGUGACUGUACGUGGGGUGGGAGGAGGGCGGGGCUUGAGUGUGCAAGCGGCGCCAUGCUUAGUGCUGUGUGGCAGCGGCGCAGUGCGGGAUGGUGGUGGGGAUGGCUGCAUGCUGCCCGGCCACUACCAUGUUGCUGCCGCCGCCUGGCGACUGGCCACACAGCUCUGGGCAUGGCUCCAUGGCGACAGCAGGAGGUUUUGGAGGCAGUGGCCGUCACUGCCAUAACGGGCCUCCAGCAUUCAUACACAGACAACCUGAUCAAUCAGUGACAUACAUAGCAGAUGCCAAGAUAAAUUAACUGCAAAUGACUGGUGCGUUUGAGAGACCAGUAAAAAUGAAAACAGCUGUUCACAGAAUAAAAAUCACAUUGUUUUGCCAUCAACUAAUAACUUAUGCUUGUAAUGAUGGCGAUCUCUUUGUGUAUGACUGUGUCACUGCAAACAAGAGGACACAAGAAAAAGGACAGGCUGGACAGCCAACAGAUAAAGCAAGCAAUGACAUCCUAGCUUUUGCCUUCUCUUCAUCAGGAAAUUAUUUUGCUUUGACAGAUGACAACAAGCAUCUCAUUCUUUUUCGUACAAAGCCUUCCUGGGAAUGCAUUAGCAUCAGGUCUGUAGUUAGGAGAAGUACGUCCUUGAUUAUUACAGCAGCAGAAGAUAAGAUUCUGAUUGCAGACAAAUCUGGAGAUGUCUAUUCUUAUUCCAUAACAGACCCUCAAGCAGCAGGAAAGCUUGAGCUUGGGCACCUUUCUCUGCUAAUGGACGUAGCACUGAGUCCCGACGAUCAGUAUAUCCUAACUGCAGACCGAGAUGAGAAGAUUAGAGUCAGUUUGACCAGAGCUCCACAUAACAUCGUAGCCUUUUGCCUUGGGCAUAAAGAGUUUGUAAGCAGAAUAUUUGUAAUACCCGACUAUCCAGAUCUUCUGUUAUCAGCUUCUGGGGAUUGUACUUUGAGGCUUUGGGAAUAUAAAAGUGGAAAAGAAGUGUACUGCUGUCAUCUAAACAGUAUCAGCAAGCCUGAUGCAACCAACAAUGACAAGAAAUAUGCUGUGUCAAGAAUAUCUUAUUGUUGUCAAGGAAGUUACAUUGCCAUUUUAUGUGACUGUAUUCCCACAGUUUACAUAUUCCAGCUUGUUGCUGAUACCCAGCAGCUAAUUCACAAGAAGCAAAUCCCUUUGAACCAUAAAGGCUGGGAUGUUGCCUUGGAGGAAACGGGUGAGCUCUGGAUUUUCCAGGAGAACAAAGUAACACCUCUUCUGUUGUACAGGCCUAUGGAUGGACAGUGGCAGCCUGUGAAUGAUGACAAAGGAUUACUGAAAAUGUCAAAAUACCUGCACGACAAUUGGACAGUGUUUGAAGGUUCUGUUGGUACAGACAGCUGCUACCACACUCUCUAUAAGGCUUCAUUCGAUAACAUGACCACUUAUCUACAGAAGAAAGAGCAAAGGUUACAGCAGCAGCAGAAGAGGAAAAGAAAAGAGCUACAGCAUGGUACUAAUGGACAAAAUAAAAAGAUCAAGACAGGAGAACCUCCCUUAUGACACUGACUGCAGCAUUUGCAUGCAACUUCCACCAUACUUAAAACCAACUGAUCUGGGCACUGAAUUUUUUUUUCCCUUUUAGUGUCAAGUAAAUGACAGACAGCUAUUAGCGUUUGUACACUCAAUCUAAGAUGGGCUUCCUAAUGAAUCAGGCUAAUGUUAACAUGGCAAUAUCCUGCUUGCGAAAGAUACUGUAUUUGCUGUAUAUACUGUUCCUUGCCAUAUGUGUCAUCCUAAUAAUUUGAAAUUUAUAGUGGCUGCUUAAAAGAGAGUGUGAAUGCAAUUUUAAGAAUCUAAAUCUUAAUAACUUCAGAUUGGAGAUAGAGCUUUACUUGAAGAAUGGGAUUGAUAUUGUCUACUCUUUUCCAGAUGUCACCUAUGUUUAGACUGGAUUCCUCAAGAGGGAAAGUGUACUAGUUUAAAGCUUACACCAAUUUUUAGUUUUGUUCUAGACUGUUCACUUAAUAACAGCCUGUAAGAGGAAUCAUGCAAAAUGAACAUUGUAUUUCUUAUUACGUAUAUAAGGCUGUAGAUGGCAGGUUCUUGCUGCAGCUUAUUUUAAGUUUUACUCCUGCAGAUGUUAUGUUGUGACUUCUGCCUUAGGAUCCAGUUCAGCACUACUUGGAGUAACCUCCCCCAGGAACCACAGAAGAAUAGGGUUUUUUUGUACUCAGUAAAAGGUGUCAACUAGCCCACCACUAACUACUUGAAAAUGACUUCUGUUGCAUUCUGACUCUCCAGCUUGUCUUUGAAAAUGGCUUCUGAGAACGCUGAGCAAUAUUUUAUACUUUUUGCUUCUUUCAAUGGAAAUUUGUUUGGAAGCUAGAAACUAAUCUUUUAAUCUUAUGGCAUUCAUUCUUUUGUUAUGUUACGAUGUCAAAGUUGAUAUAAUGACAGAACAUGUAUUGUAUGUACCAGAAGCAUCUUGUUUUCAUAGAAUAUGCUGUUCAUCAGAUGAGACUGUAAAAGCAGGGUUUGUAAAUAUGUAUGAUCCAGCAAAAAUAUAUGAAA